GGUUUGAGGGGCGCACAGAGAAGGUCACGUUGUCCGGGGGAGCGGGUAGACGGGCGCACAGAGAAGGUCACGCCAUGGUUCCGAUGCAGAGAGUGGCGGCGUUGGGAGUCGGGGCCCGGGGGACAGCGGGCCUGCUCUUGCUGACUGGAGCGGGAGGAAGGUGGAUCUUCACUGCAUCGGCUGCGCUGAGGAAGGAGCAUGAACCGCCGCAGGCUACGUCCCCCGUGCAGCCGCAAGAUGCCGAGGAAACGGAAGCUGCUCCGCCCGGCAAAGCCCAUCUGCUCAACCUCAUUGGUGGCAUGAAAGUGGAAGUCAGCUCCAAGAGGAAGUUCCAGGCCCUGAGACUGGAGAGGGCCAAGGCCAGAGCAAAGGCUGAGCCCGAGGAAUUGGAGAGCACCAGUAGCAUGUUUCAGAAGGCAGCAGAGGAAAGGAGCACGCAGAGUGGCGAGACGGUAAGCCGGGACCUUGCUGCAGCGGCGUCUGCGGUCGCAUCUUCCAUGCCUCGCCACAAGGCGCAGGUCGAGUCCGAGCUGCUCCAACAACUGAGAAAACACGAAUCGGAAACGGAGGCACAUCGGCAUGGAGAUGCCCGCAACAUCGGUGAUAUAAUUGCAAACAUGAAGAUUGGGCGGGCUGCUGGAACACGGGCCGCGACCAGAGCCACCAGCCAAAUCCGCUUCGAUGAUGAUGGGCAAGGCUUCGUUCACCAUGCAGGAAUUACUAGUGAGCUCAGCGCACUGAGGAAGAGGAAGGAGCUUUACACUGGGAGGAGGUUAAACAUCUUCCCUGCACCAACGGAAUCAGAAAACCUACCAGGAAUUGUGCUGCAGCCGUCACUAUGGGAUGUGGAGCAGGCCGGGCGGAUAGCGGCUGUCACUGAGCACUUGCCUCGCAAUGGAUUUGAGGAGAUGAUCCAGUGGACAAAGGAAGGGAAGCUCCGGCACUUCCCUAUCGACAAUGAGGCCGGUCUGGAAGAAGAGGAAGGUGUGGAAUUCCAUGAGCACGUAUUCCUGGAUAAACACUUGCACGGGUUCCCCGAGGAGGGUUCGAUCCGCCACUUCAUUGACCUGGUCGCCAAUGGGUUAAGCAAGAAUCCCUACUUAUCGGUGCAGAGGAAGAUUGAACACAUCGAUUGGUUUCGCCAGUACUUCCACCAGAAGCAAGAUGUUCUUACUGAAAGUGAAGUGUACGUUAACUGAAAUCCAGGCGUCUGGUUUACACUUGGUGGUACGUAACACCCUGAAUUGCUGCGGUAGAUAUGCAUCUUUUUAUAACGCCAUUGAAAGGUGUGCGGUCUUGACCGCUGUUGUACUGUAAACUGAUUGCCAGAAAUCUUCCUUCCCUCCGCAAAUGUGUAUGUGAAUUCAUGUGCAGUGAUCAUAUAUUACUGGAAACCAAUGUAAAUGCAAUAACUUGGGUUAGGAAUGGAUUGUUCCCCAGUUAAUAAACCACUUUGAAGUGUUAUAACCAUCCGAUGCAGAAAUAAAUCCAAAUACAAUCUCUGAA